UACCUGGCCAAGUCUGUUCCAGCCAUGCCAUUCUACGCCGCUUCUUCGCCAGCCAUGGUACUUUCGGCUCGCGCUUCAGCAGCCCCGCAAUGGCGGGGUUUGCCGCCUCGUAUUGUCCUGGAACGAGAAUGUCACUGUACCUGUGUAUCGCCCGACGUCCCCCGGCGUCCCUUUAUCAAAGGCAGCCCGCAGCCCUCGCUCCAAUCACGCCGGGCCCCUUUUCUAGCUCGCUGCUCGAUCGGUGGCGCUCGGUCCAGGGCUACCGAAUACGAAGCGGAAGCCUGCAGCUCCACGUCACAUGGCUUCAGUGGAUCCUCACGUUUUUAGGACUGCUAUCUGAUGUACGACAAGCCUCGCUGGGCUGCGGAUUAUCUGCUGCCUCGGUCGAGACUCCUACGCUUAGAGCUUGCACCCUUUCCGAGCACCCGGGGCCCUCCCCACACGCUAACCGCCUUCGAGCACUACGGAUUUGAUUAUGGGAGGCUAUCAAGAGAUAUGCUUAAUUACGACCAGAGCGGCCUUGGUAUCCCACUGAAGAUAAGGAAUCUAUAAGAGCAUGCAGAUGCCGCCUGUGCAGAAAAAGAAUGUCGGACGCCAAUACGCCAUGCAAGAGCCGUUAGAAUCGGUACUAUACAAUGAUUCCGAAACGCGGGUAUCUUUCGCUAACCUAUGUUUUUGGGCCCGCCAUCCUCCUGUUAGCACUGCAUCGUGUCAGAAGCUUGCGGACACCGGCC